ACUUGCUCAUCCAGUGUUUCAUCAGCCUGUUCCGUGGACUCUCAGGCUGCAGUCACGGUCAUGGUCGUUGCUCGUAGCUUCCCUGCAGCCGCUGGGAUGUUCUUGGGAGUCCUCCUGGGGCCAUGCGGGGCCCAGUACGCGCCAGGUACUCUGGAAAUGGAGAUGAAUGGGAAGGCUCAGAUGGCAUCCCUCAACACAAAUGUCACCAUCCCCUGUAUCCUGUAUGAAAGUGGUUCUGUAACCCUGAACAUCAGUCUCAUUGGAGUCAGGUGGUUCCUGAGAAGGGCAGACUCUGACAAGGAAGACAAAGUCUUUGAAUACAAUGGAGGAAAACAGACUCAGUUCAGACCAGGAGCCAGCAUCUCACUGUCAAGGCUGAAGAAGGGAAAUGCCUCUCUCUUCCUGCCUUUUAUCCAGCUUCAGGAAGGAGGAGAGUACAGAUGUGAAAUAAUCAUCCCUCCUACCAAAGAGGAGAGAACAUCCAGAGUGGACGUGGUUGCUCAGCCCUCCAGCAUCCCUUUGCCACCAGAAACUGAAGUGGAGGAAAAGAAAGUGUACAUCAAGAACUGCACCGUAGCAGGGUUCUACCCUGACUCAGAGCUUGUAAAGACUACAGUUUUGGAGAUCAUUGGGAACAUACUCCCAGUGAUAUGCAUAUGUUUCUUUGUUUGGAUAUUGGUUGAAUUUCUCAGAAAAGUGGCACCUGUGCUGAGCCUCCUCCCAGAAACAGUACAGUACCUCAGGCACCAGGAGAUGAAGACUUUCCAUUUUGUGAUUUGGGACUACAGGCCCAAAUCUUUGACACUGAAGCUUUUCCUAAAGACUAAUUCACUGAACAAGAAAGAGCUUCUCCUUUGCUGGAGGACUCAGGGUAUGGAAACGGAGGAAAAGCCAGAAUCCAUGCAGCUGAUGGGGAGCCAGGCAGAGUUCACCUUGCAUCUUGUAGUCCAGGCCCUGAGAUAUAAUGUCUUUGGAAUAUCAGGUCAUCUCACUGUGGCGUCUGACCUAUCUAGGUUCACAGAAGCAGAUCUCCUUCUCCAGGUGGAACAUUCAGCCCUCAAGAUCCCCCUCAGAAGGAAGAUCCAUCUGAAAGUCAUAGCUCAGCCCAAGCUGAAAAAGAUUCGGUGUUCCUCAGUCCAUCUCCAGCCGGGGGAAAGUGUGACCUUGACGUGCAGGAUCCACUCCUUCUUUCCCAGAGCUGUCAAGGUGUCUUGGUAUAAGGAGGACAGGCUGAUGUUGGAGGACAUCAAGACAUCAGAGGCUUUGGAGACCUUGGAGGAUGGACUGCUUUGCUCCUGCACCACCAAGCUGGAGUUCUCCCCUCACAUGGAGGACCUUGGGAAGAAAUUCAUAUGUAAAGCUGAGGUGGAAGGGGGUGAGCCUGUGGAGAGGCACUGGGUCCUGGGGGCCCUGGGUGAGUCCCCAUCAAAUGGGGACCAUAGGGAAUCACCAUAGAGUGAUUCUGAAGGUACCUUCAACACUAGAUGUAGGAAAUGAUGUACUGGUUGAUUUAGAAAAACAUGGAAAGACCUGGAUUUGUGAAGGAAAUGCCAUCUAUCUUCAGAGAAACGGAUGACAAGUGGAAAUAAGCAUAGUAUAUGCGUGUAUAUGUGUAAUACGUGUAUGUUUAUAGAUAUCUA